GAAAUUCCGUUGAGUAAGAAAAGAAAUAAUAUCUCUGAGUUAACAGAUGUUUCAGAAGAUUGAUACACAAAGCGACCAUUACUAAGCUUGUAGUCGAAGUGUAGAUUAGGCUUGACAGUGACAACUGGUACAAAUUACACUCAAAAAAAGUAAUUCUAUUUUGUUAAAAUAAUGAAAAAAUAUUGUAUUCAAUUGUUACUUAUACAAAUUAUUUAUUUAAUUUUACCUGAAACUGUAAGUGAAAUAGAAAGGAUAAAGCAGGAUUCAACUCACGGCUACGCUGGUGAAUUCACACUUUCUCAAGCAUGGCCACAUACCUGGUGUUAUCUAUUCGAGCGCCUAGAUCCUAAAAAAACCUGUCAGUCAACCUACGUAGACCGAUGGUCAAUUCUUCAAUUCGUUCCUCGUCUUCCUUCGGGGAAUUACUAUUCAGAGUGUAAUCACUCGACUCCAUUCAAAUUUGACGAAAUUUCUCAAAUUAGAGCUGAGCUAGAAUCUAGGUGGUUCAGUUUUGACGCAGCACAAAAUUUAACUGAUUUUUGGAAAGAUCAAUGGGAAAAUUCAGGAGUUUGUGGUAUGAGUAAUGAUCAAACAAAUUCUCAACUGAAAUAUUUCAAUAAAGGACUUGAAUUAUCUGGAAAAUUCAACAUGGCUCGAAUUCUGAGCGAAGCAAAUAUCAUUCCUGGUCAUAACUAUACUAAGCAGACAAUUGUCGAUGCCGUAAGUUAUGUUUUAGGAGAUAAGAAGGCUGUAAUUGCUUGUCAACGUCACCGUAAAACAUACGAAUACUACUUGUUAGAUGUAUUGAUAUGGUUCAACAAAGACUUCGAACCUACUACAAGAGGUCAGGAAGUUAUCAUUGCUAAUGAUUGUCCAGAUAAUGAAACAAUUAUUUAUCCAAAUAGUAAGAUCAAUCAAUAAUCAUGAAAAUGAAAUCAGCAGACACCUGAAAAUUUUAAAGAUUUUUUUUAAUUAAAAAAAUCACUAUAAAAAAAAAUAAAAAAUAAAAUUUCAC